UGGUCUGUCAUGUGAUAUUUUUCUCUUCGCAUUUUGAACACCUUCAGAAAAUCGAUCGUCUUCGUGCGGGGUAAAUAGAAGGUUUCUGGUGCGAAAAUAUUCCUUAACUUUCCCGGAUACUACCAUGGGUGCUUCCGCGCUGCCGAUUAUCAUUUUCUCCGCCAUCUUCGGCGUGGUUGGCAUUGUGCUGCCGAUAGUAGCGCCCAAAGGCCCGAACCGUGGGAUCGUCCAGUGUGUGCUUAUAUUAACGGCGGCAACAUGCUGGUUGUUCUGGCUAUGUUGUUACAUGGCUCAGAUGAACCCUCUGAUCGGUCCAAAACUGCACCAGAAUACGAUUCUGAUCAUGGCACGUGAGUGGGGCAAUCCUCUCCAAGAUAUGGAUUCUUUCCAACCUGAGCAUACCGAUCACUAAUCGGUUGCAGCCAAACAGAGCGUAUAACAUCAAACGCCGAAGUAUAAGAUCCACCUUGUGGAAACAUUCCCAUCUAUACUGCUUGAGCGAACAAAUUCCGUGUACACCGUAACAGGUUUUCAAGCAUUAAACAGAACGAAGCAUGGUUCAUUGCAGGCAUUUCUGUCUGUGUGACCUUCACCAUUAAGUUUUGUUUAUCGUACUCCCGUAUCCAAAAUUCAGUACAUUUCAUUCAACCACUGUUAGCUCCCUUUCAUGUCGGUACUUUUGGAAGGUAAAGAUGUAUAGUUUGUUGUGUUUUAUUCAUUUCUGCCGUAAUGAUUUAUCCUAGAAUGAUGUAUUAUAUGAAUAAAGUAACCUAAAUCCCAACGGCGUGAACAAAAACAA